CCGCGGUACGAGCUGUCGUGGUGCGUGUAUGCGUUCUCCGUCGGCACUCGUGCGUGGAAAACGCGAGAACCGGCCGUAAACGCGAGUAAGAAGAAAAAAGAACGCUUCGAACCGCCCGAAACCGUACGACGGAAGGGAAGGCGAUCGCAAGCGACGUACAUUGUCCGGUGAUCGGGAAACGUUUUGUGCCUCGAAGUGUUAUUUCCGCUGUUCUUCGCUUUAUUUUUUUUUGUCCUUUACUCCACGUUCGAUUCGCUUUUAUUGUCUUUCGUACCAACCUGUUCCGUCUGACACUAUUUUCGUUGCGUGUGCUGUGUUAUUUGUUAUAUGUCGACGACGACACGACGAUCCGGGACGACCGAUCUUCGUCUUCUUGCGGCGUACCUUAGACGAUGCCAAGCACGAUGUUGACGAUGACUUGGUGAUGGCAGAACGUAGAGGAUGUCACGCCGCAAGCAGAGCAACCCGAAACCGCUGAAACGGGAGGAUGAGGAAUGGAGCGAUUCGGAGAAAACACCAUCGGUGAGCAGUGGCGUGGAGGGCGGUGGAUCAGCGGUUUCCAGCCCGAUCGCGCCGGUCGUUGAGGAGGAAUCGAGCCUGCCACCACCGCCGAGACUGAAUCCCCCUUCCUCGUCGGUCGCGAUCGUCAAUUCGGCCGCGGAGGACAUCAGAUUGAGGCUCAGCGUGCUCUCUGAGGAUGCUCGAAAACGGCUAGCUAGUCUUACCGAAGAUAUUGAGGUUGCUAGAAGCAUAAGAGACCGACAUGCUACCUCGAAGCCCAACCAGACGCGAGAGUCAAGUCCCAAAGACAUGGACGAGGAUUGUGGUAUUGUCGUUGUUAAGGAGGAGGAUUGUCAACCAAGAUCGUCGUCUUCCUCGUCCUCCUCGAUCCGAAGAAGGGAGUCCGUCUGCAGGAGAGAUUCCGAGGACUCCUCGAGGCGAUCCAACGCGGACGACCCACCUUUGGAGAAAAAGUUGAAACUUGACGACGAAGCGGCACCAAGACUGAGACUCAAUGCUAGUCUGGCGACGGAUCCUGCUCUUCGACCCGCGGCCGUAGCCGCGCUCACCGUCAAACCGGAGAACACCUCGCCGCCCAAUCCUGUGCCACCUUUACCGGCUGGCCUCCAAAAUGCAAUCGCGUCUGGUCGGUUGUUCGUGUUGCCAACCGACGGUAAGGAAACGAUCACCGUGGAGCCAGCCAGACCAGCACCGUUAAUCUGUCCGCCGUGCGGCAUCCGCUUCAGUUCGGCGAGCACCCUGGAGGCGCAUCGCACCUUUUACUGCGCCCAUCGUCCACGGCUGGAGGAGGAUACCGCGAACGACGAGGACGAGGAGAAGACGAACAAGUUCGAAGUGAGGAAGGCGUACGCCUGUCCCCACUGCUCGUACAGCGCGGACAAGAAGGUCUCCUUGAACAGACACAUGAGGAUGCACGCAGCGUCGCCAGCGCCGCCCACGAUACCAGCGGCGCCAGUUCCAACCACCACGCCGGGUAGCGGCACCGCGACGGCUUCUAACGGCUCGUUGAACGAGGAGGCGGAAAGGUACUGCAGAAAUUGCGACAUCAGAUUCAGCUCCCUCAAGACUUAUCGGGCGCACAAGACUCACUACUGCAGCACCAGGCACGUCGUCAAAGACACGCCACCAACGACGAGCGCGGCUUCUUCGUCGGUGAAGGCGUCGCCACCGACGAGCGCCAGUCCUGGUGAUUCACCGCCGCCGCAACCGUGCCUGGCGCUACCCACCAAUCCCAUUCUGAUCGUGCCGUACUCCCUGUUCCGUGGCGCCAGCGUCUUGGCUGCACCGACUCUGCCCGCGCCGGACACCGCGUGCUUCCUUCUUCCAAACGGCCAUCUCCAGCCAAUGACCAGGGGCCUCGCCGCAACAGCGCAAAACGCCGUGGUCGAACCUUCCCCGGUCCUUCGAGCAGCGAACAAGCCAACAACGCCGGCGUCGGUCGCAGCGUCGUCCACCUCGCCGCCGGGCUCGGCACCGCUCGAUCUGAGCGUCCGAAAAUCGCCGGCGCAUCAGGACGAAAAGGAGAACAGGGUGUCGCCGUCUCCCUCUUCUCUGCCUCCGCCACCCGGUAGUCCGAGGUCCAGAGGAAGCGGUAGUCCCAGAGCGAGGUCGAUCGGAUCUACACCGUCGGCAGCUGGAACCGUUGCGCCACCUCCACCGACGGAGCUCGCCCUUAGACUGGCCGAGCUCCCACCCCCGCCUGUUCCUGGUGUCCUCGUCAAACAGGGCGUCUCGAGAUGCAAAGAAUGCAACAUCGUGUUCUGCCGACACGAAAACUUCGUCGCGCACAAGAAGCACUAUUGUCAAGCAAGGGAAACUACGGUCAGCAACAGUCCACCGCCACCCGGUACACCCUCGCCUCCUUUAGUCCAGCUUAUCUGCGCCGCGUGCGGCAUCAAGUUCGCUUCCAUGGACAAUCUGGUGGCUCAUCAAGCGUUUUACUGUCCCAAGAGGCCAGAGCCUCAGGAACAUCACUCGAGAUGCACCAAAUGCAAAGCUAUAAUAGAACCCGGAGGCACGCAUACGUGUACCAGCGGACCGACAGGUGGUUGGAGGUGUCCCGUAUGCGGCGCGGUUAGUCCAACAGCGGGGGCUGCUCAGCGUCACAUGGACGCGCAUCAGGGUGUCAAAGCUUUCAGGUGCACGAUCUGUCGUUACAAGGGAAACACGUUGCGUGGUAUGAGGACGCAUAUCAAGAUGCACUUUGAGAAACGCGGAACCGACCUGCAGGAAGAAAAUUAUAUAACGUGCGUGCUCGACGACGAAACGGUCCUACCGACACCGGAACCCCCGCCAGCCACCACUCCCGAAGAAGUCCCAGCGGAGGUGCAGAUGAACGGUAAGACCGAGAUUCGAAAGAGCCCGCAGCCACCGCCGCCUCCGCCGCCGCCGACGGUGACGAGCAAGGUGAAGCAGGAACGCGAGGACACGCCUCCGCCGGAAGAGAGUCUGGACCCCAACAAGAGCGGUCCGCGUUACUGUCGGUCCUGCGACAUCAGCUUCAACUAUCUGAGCACAUUCAUAGCUCACAAAAAGUUUUACUGUUCGAGCCACGCCGGCGAGGCGAGCAACAACAACAACAACAACAACAACAAUAACAACUCGAGCAGCCACGCGACAACGCCUCCGAGUGGCAGGACCGAGGCGUCCGUACUUUAAAAACUCUCAGGAUGUUCUUAGAUGUUGCUAGCAGGACAACUCAACGGGACUGUUAAUUGUU